CGGGAAGGGGAGGGGGGAGAAGGAACAGCUUCAUCAGUCAGCGCGCGCAGUUGGGCGAGCGGUAGUAGCGCGUGCGGGAGACGUUUGGCCUCUCCCAUCCCACCCACCCCCUCCACCCACCCCCACCCCAAUCCUCGGCCGCGCGCUGUGUGCAGAAGGCGCUCUGUCCUCCCCUCAGCCCGCUCCCGGCCAUGGCCGCCGGCGAAGGGAGCGAAGAAGAGGUGCGAGUGCUGCAGACCCUCCGCGGGAAGAUUUGUCAAGCCAAAAACUUAGUGCCAUACUCUGGACAAAACAAGAUGAGAGACUGCUUUUGUACAAUCAAUUUGGAUCAAGAAGAGGUUUUUCGCACUCAGGUAGUAGAGAAAUGUUUAAGCCCAUUUUUUGGAGAAGAGUUCUACUUUGAAAUACCAAGGACAUUCCAGUGUUUAUCAUUUUAUAUUUAUGAGAAAAGUGUUUUACAGAGGGAUCUGCGUAUAGGCAAAGUAGCUAUCAAAAAAGAAGAUUUGAGCAAAUACUCUGGCAAGGAAACAUGGUUUAUGCUUCAACCUGUUGAUUCUAAUUCAGAGGUUCAGGGAAAAGUUCACCUCGAAUUAAAGCUGAAUGAGUUGAUUACAGAUAAUGGAUCAGUCUGCCAGCAGCUAGUAGUACACUUGAAGGAAUGUCAUGGACUUCCUCUUAUUAAUGGACAAAAUUGUGAUCCUUAUGCUACAGUGUCUGUUGUGGGUCCUUCAAGGAAUGACCAAAAGAAGACAAAAGUAAAGAAGAAAACAAGCAAUCCACAAUUUAAUGAAACAUUUUAUUUUGAGGUAACAAGGUCCAGUAGUUACACCAAAAAAUCACAGUUUCAGGUGGAAGAAGAAGAUAUUGAGAAGCUGGAAGUCAGGAUUGAUUUAUGGAACAAUGGUAACUUGGUACAAGACCUUUUCCUAGGAGAAAUCAAGAUUCCUGUCAAGGUGUUAGGAAGUGAUUCCUUCCAAGCAUGGUACCUUCUACAGCCAAGAGACAAUGGAAAUAAGUCGUCCAAAACGGAUGAUCAUGGAUCACUUAGACUGAAUAUAUGUUAUGCUGAAGACUAUGUGCUUCCAUCACAGUACUAUGCUUCCCUCAGAAACUUGCUGCUAAAGUCAUCAGAAGUUGAGCCUAUUUCUGCUUCUUCUGCUUACAUUUUGGCUGAAGUAUGUCGAGAUAAAUAUGAUGCCAUUUUGCCUCUUGUAAGGUUGUUGAUACAUCAUCAUAAACUAGUACAAUUUAUCACUGCAGUGGCAGAGUUAGAAUUGACGGAUACCCAGGAAGCAAAUACAAUCUUCAGAGGGAAUUCUUUAGCUACUCGAUGCCUAGAUGAAAUGAUGAAAAUAGUGGGAAAGCACUACCUGAAAGUUACAUUAAAACCAAUUCUUGAUGAGAUAUGUGAUAAUCCCAAACCUUGCGAAAUUGAUCCUUUGAAACUGAAAGAAGCUGAUAAUGUUGAAAUACACCAGGAAAAUCUGCGCUUCUAUGUUGACAAAGUAUUCAGUACAGUUGUACAGUCAAGUAUAAGUUGCCCUAAAUUAAUGUGUGAUGUGUUCUGUUCUCUGAGGCGCUUGGCUGCUGAAAGAUUUUCUAAUGACCCUCAUGUACAAUAUUCUGCAGUGAGCAGCUUUAUAUUUCUUCGUUUCUUUGCUGUAGCUGUAGUAUCGCCUCAUACUUUCCAUUUACGACCUCAUCAUCCCGAUGCACAGACAUCUAGAACAUUAACCCUUAUAUCAAAAGCCAUUCAGACACUGGGGAGCUGGGGAAGUUUGUCCAAAAGCAAGCUAUCAAGCUUCAAGGAAACAUUUAUGUGUGAAUUUUUCAAAAUGUUUCAGGAAGAGGCAUAUAUUGAAGCUGUUAAAAAGUUUUUAGAUGAGGUAUCAUCUACUGAAACUAAAGAGCCAAGUGUCAUGAGCGAGUCGAUUCAUCUAAAAGAAGGGGAAAUGUAUAAAAGAGCACAAGGAAGAACGCGUAUUGGGAAAAAGAAUUUCAAAAAGCGUUGGUUCUGUUUGACAGAUAGAGAGCUCACUUAUCAUAAGCAACAAGAUAAAGAUCCUAUUUACACCAUUCCAAUCAAAAACAUCCUUGCAGUGGAAAAGCUUGAUGAGAAUGCCUUUAACAGGAAAAACAUGUUUCAAGUGAUACAUGCUGAAAAGCCACUCUACGUGCAAGCAAAUAAUUGUGUGGAGGCUAGUGAGUGGAUAGAAGCUCUCUGUAGGAAGAGCAGAUACAACGAAAGCAGAUUGAGUGUUUAUCAUCCAUCUGCUUUUUUGAAUGGAAACUGGCUUUGCUGUAAGGCUACAUCAGAGAACUCAGAAGGUUGCACACCAUGCACUGUGGGUGUGCCUAAUGACAUCCAAAUAGAGAUUGAUGGGGAUCGAGAAGCAGAGAGAAUCUACUCCCUUUUUGCUAUCAACAUGCCAAAGCUGCAGAAGAUGGAAGAGGCUUGUGAAAGUAUAGCAGUCUAUCAAGGUCCGCGGAAGGAACCGGAUGACUAUUCUAAUUUCAAAAUUGAGGACUCAGUAGCAACUUUUCAAACACUUAAGCAAAUAAUAUCUGUUGUAGAAAAGUUGGAUGAGCAUCAUGACCGACAUGGGAAGAAAAGAUCAUCUAGUGCUAAAUAUGGCAGUGAAGAAAAUCCAAUUGUUGGGAAAAUUUCUUAACCAAAGACACACUGCAACAAAUGGAUUUCGAAGAAACUGGAGUAGUUUUCACUUUUUAAAAAUCCUGAUUGUAUGCUGAUUCAGAGUAUUUAAGAAUGUACAUUGCCUGGAUAUUAGCUGUGUACAGACAAUAUAUUUAUUAUUUAAUAGGGAAAAGACUUGCUUGGGAAUCUGAUUGUUUUGCAGGGUGAGGAACAUCAGUUCCAUUUCGCUUAAAGAACUAAAAGUGCCAGAAGAUGAAAGUAAACAAAUUUUCUAGCGCUGGAAGGAACUACUAAAGGAAUAAGCUUUCUAAGGGAGGAAAUUAACUACCACUGCAGAAGGGACUUUGGGUGUGCCAAGAUAAUAAUCAAUUUCAUUUAUGAACCAUCGGUACCUAUUCUGUGGACAAUGAGUCUUGGCAAAAGAAAUCCCAACAGGUAACAAAAGGAAUUGAAGCUUUAUAUACAGCGCACGGCCACUUUUAAAAUGGUCCUUUCUUAAUCCACAAUAGACAUUUGUAAAGAAACAAAGUGGUACUUUUUAAAUGUGCAUUCAUAAUUAGCAAUGUUAUGUUAUUUAAGUGAUAUUACUGAAGCAGGACAAGUCAGGGAGUCUAUGCAUCUUGUUUACAAUUGGAGUGAGCAGUGAAUGGAGUGACAUGGGACCACUGUCUGAAUUUUGUUUUUGUUUUUUUAAAUAGCCAAUUACUAGUACUUUAUUUAGCAAUCAGGGCUUUUUGGGAAGUACUGUGUAAGAACUUUGUGCUGUUGGGAAACUAUUAUGGGUGCAUACCAAGCAACAUCGACCUGCCAAUCAAAACAAUCGCCCUAAAGAUAGGUAUUACACAUUGGAAAUAUGUCACAUCCAAUUGCGACUAGUUGUUUUCGAAAACCACUCCAAGCACUUUAAAUAUCUGGAUUGCCCCCAGAUUAUAUUUAAAGAUACUUUUUAGUAUCUAAUCAUUAUGAUCAGUUGAAUGAUCACUAUUGUGGCUUAAAACAAUGCUUUUGUGAACAUUUUUAUAUCUAGUUUUUUACUUGCCAGUUGAAGUUUUGGACUCAGAUUUGCAUUUAGAAACUCUUAAUCUUGCCUUCUUGAUAUAUUUUUAAUCAUAGGCUGAUAAAAAUGUAUGUAAUGAACAGAAACAUGGUAUCCCACUAAGGCAUAGGCUGGACCCAUUGACAUCAAUACACUUAACUCCAUUGAUUUCAGUGGGUCUGCUCUAAGUAUGACUAAUGCUUGAUAUCACCCCAGGCUUCCUUUCAUCAGUAUUAUUGAAUGUGGUACUAGGAAACCUCAUAUUGGGAGCAAUUUUCUGAGCACUGUAAAAAUUGAUAUAUUGCCACAUAUUUGUAUAUUGUUGUUCUAGUUUACUUUUCUACACUUGUUUUUCUUCUUUUUGGCUGCUAUUUGCCACUGUUGUGGUUAAUAUUUGUUUUAAUUGAUAGAAAUUGGGAAGAAUGGAUACAAGCUGCUUAAAAUACUACAUGAAUUACUAACAGUAUGGCAUUGCCUAAGAAAAAAUUCAAAGAUCUUGCUGUAGGAUUCAGCAGCCAGAUUACAAGGCUUUCUGCACCAGCAAAUAAAUGCUUAUAAUCUACUCAGCUACUUUAGGCAUGCUCAAAAGGGUUGCAUGCAGCCAGUGGAAGUCAUUUUGGAACAGCCGAUACCCAUGCCUUAUCACUAACUGCUUUGGAUAGGUCUUUUGAGUUUCAGAAAUAGUUUGCCAUAAACAUGGGGACUAUUGUUGAAGUCCUCUGGGCCCAUGGGCUUAGCUGUGUAGUGCUUUGGAUCAUGGAUCUGAGUGGAUUAGCAGAAUGAAUGGCGCAGAAGUUAUGUAAGAAGAACACUAUAGAGGUACAAACAAAUCUAAGAAAAUUACAACUGAAUCAAUAAUUGGGAGGUAGAAAGCUAUUUUAUAUAUGUAUUUCAAGUGCAGUGACUCCUGAAUCAGAGGUGUUCUUCUUUCUAUGCUCUGCAUUCAGCAAUGGACAAAGCCAGAAGUACUGACGGAAAUUAUUUCCUCUAGAUAAGGCUCUCCAUCAGAAUACCCUGUUCAGGCCUGCGUAUUCUACAAUCUACUAUCGUCUGAUAACAUUUUUUAAAAAUUGUACAUGGCACAUUUAUCCACCCUAGGUUUAAACAAAAAGAUUGAACUAAAAUAUUGGAGAUGUGAUUGUGCAUUGCAAUUUGUUUGUUCGGGGACUUGUUUCAGUGGGUUUUACUGUUUUUGAUAGGCAAAUGCUAUUAAUUCAAUCAUUGGUUCAUCACCUGGGUGAAAGCUACAUACUAUAUCAGUUGUAGUAGUGGGAUCAUGUCAUAUGUCACUCUUUUAAUCUUUAUUUAAUUCAAUUGGUGAAAAAUAAAGAUGCAAAUAAAUGCAAAUAGUACAAUCAAUACAAAAUAAUAGUUAUAUUUAUAUUAGUUCUUAAUCAUGUACAUAGUUUUAAACAGUGGCCUAAUUUGCUCAUCAAGGUAAGUCAUUGCUUAUCAUUCCAUCUUUACCACUCCUGUAGCAUGAGGGAAAACGAGCCACAAUCCCUGAUUUAAAAGUAUAUCCAAAUCAAAAUUGCCGUUUGUUGUGCUGAAACAAACUGCAGUUGAAAAGCCAAGAACUUUGGGUUUACAUCAUUGUUUGCUUGAAACAAAAUAAGCCACAAUUUCUGGUUUGGAUAUAACACUAAAUUGGGGAUUAUGGUUUGUUCCUCCAAGGGAAGGACUGAAGUGGGGGUGUUCUGCAUUUUCAUGGUGAGCCAUUGACUAUGCUUUCCCUUGAAAUCUGAGCACUUAAGGUGUCCUGAGACAAUC